CCGCUGCGGUGCUACUAGUUACAGCUCGUCGAGUUCGUCGCUUAAGUCUUACGUUUUCAAGUACUUUUUUGUUAUACUUUAACGAUUGUGUGCUAACUUGAUUUUUCCUCGGUUCAUAAAAAAACACUGAUUGGACACAAUUUUUGUAAAGCUUUUUUUGGUGUGUUUGUGUGCGAUCACUUGACUCUUGGUCAAACGGGUACCUUAAAGCAGAAACUAAGAUUUCAAACGAGUGAACUGAAAAAAAGAGUGCCUGAAAAUUUUCAAAAGUUAUUUAAAAUCAAAGAAAAACGAAGAAGGAACGGGUAUUGUGUGUAAAUGUUGUUGCUGAAGACAUACUUGCAUAUAUAAAGAGACUAGCUGUUUAAGAAGUGGAUGUGGCAAGCGUAACGCCGUUGCGGCAUUGAACGCGAAGUGAAGUAACCGACCGACCGACACAAAGGUGGAGGCUUAAGCUUGAAAAGCUGAAAAGCAGUCAAGAACAGUUAGUUGACACUAAUACGGCUUGUCGCUGAUUUUAUUUAUUUUAUUUUCGUUUUUUUGUUUGGCUCGCAGCAGCUGGCAAAAGAACUAGAAAGAAGAUAAAGGCAAAGAGCUCUGUGUGUAAAAAAGGUGACUGAAACUGUGAAUUGGGCAGCAGGACAACGUCGUCAAAGUUGCAUGAAACGAAGUAAAUGCGAAAUGUAAAAGGAAGUAGUGGCGCUCAAUUGACAGAGAAGAGUUGAAAUUUUAUGGAAAUUUAAAAAAAUAUCGAAAUAAAAAAUCUUAAAACGAAUGUGCAAAAACAAAAGCUACUUUGAACGAAAAGGACAUUGAAAAUAAUUAUUUUAAAAUUUCUAAAAACUAAUUGAACUAAAUAAAAAAAUUGCUUACAAUUUUUUUUAUAAAAAUAUAUCAAAAAAAUUUAUAAAAAUACUGAAGUUCUGAGACUAAAAUAACCUUUAAGCGGCUCCUAAAAUAAGUGUAUAAUCAAAUCUGCACAAUGAGAUCCUCGCGUUUAUCCGCAUUGACCAUGCUGGUUGCGGUCACAUGCUUUACCAGUCUACUACAGCUUUGCAGCAGCGCCGCCAACGCUGAAUAUCCUGGCGUUAUUGAGCUGGUCGGCUAUAGUAAUCGGCGCGCACGCACACACUACAUGCCACCAGUUGGCGAUAGUCCAACGCUUGCACCACCACCGGCCAAAGUACAGGCUGAUAUCGAGACGGUGAAGGCGAAUAUUGAAAAAUACAAUAAAUUGCUGACGUUGGAUACCAAGAAUUUGCCGGAAUCGCAAAAGGAUAUGCUGGAGCGCAUUGUGGAGCGUGUGGCACGUCUCAAGGAGUCGUUGGAUAUCAAUGAAGGCGAGCAACUGAGAGCUUCAACAAAGCCUGUCGUUAGUGAGGAUAGCGAAAGUGAGGCUGUACCAGAAAACAGUUUGGGCAUCACCACAGAGGCCGCUACCAAUGCUGAAGCCGAGACCGAUCCCACUUUGGUUCUGGAUGAGACUACAUUGCUGCAGUUGCAGACCUCUAUGGAUGAGUUGGCUGCCGCACAGGCCGCUGUCACUGCACAAACUUCGGUGGCACGCGAAUUGCCUACCACCACGGAGUACAAUUACAACGCUGCCAGCGAUGAGGCCGAACAAACGGAGAGUGCCACAGAAAGUAAUGAAGAUGAGGACACCACUGAAGGAGGGGCGCUGGCAGCUGGUGCUGAUUAUCCCACCACCACAAUUGAUCCACUCACCGAUGCCACUGACUCUGAUGACCAAUUCGUUGCUGCGCGCUCCAACAACAAUAUAGCAGCAGCUUCAAUCAAAGCCGAACCGGAGGACUUGAAUGGUGGUCUUACCACAAUUGGCAGUCAGCGCACGUUAACCACUAGCGGCAAAUUGACAAAGACGCGCGCCACUAAACGACCCGGUUCUGGUGGUAUUACCAAAACGGGACAUACCUCGAAACGUGGGCAGAAACCUGGCACCACUGCAAGCCUACAUCGUCAUCCCAGCAAUAAGCAGAAAUUGGCCACAACCACCACGCAACCACUACAAUCCUAUCACCAUCAACAACAGCAGCAACCACAACAACAACAACACUUGCACAAACAGCCACAGCUGCAAUAUCAGAAGCCACAAACCGCCCAGCUGCCUCAAUCCUCAUCCUCGCCCAUGUACCAAGCACACAAGGUGUCUGCAUCGCCGCCUGCCACACAAUCCACCGAUAAGACUUCAGCUGCUGCCGCCGCCGCCGCUGCUGCUGCUGCCGCGGGUUCCACGGCCUCCAUCGCAUCACUAGCGUCCACUUACUCCUCCACACCGGUCACCACAACCUUGGCCAACAACUACGGCAAUGCCAAUAAUAAUAAUGACAUGGACUACGAGCCCCAAGUGAAUACGUCGGCGUUAAUUGAUAGCCUGAAUCAUGCACGCGAGGAAUUCUACCAGCAGAAGCAAGGCGUCAACAACAAGGAUAAGAAACCAUCGGCCACCGCCAAACCGACAAAGUAUCACUAUUAUCCGCACAAUCAACAUAUCUACUUGCUGCCCGAGUGUGCGAUACAGCAGGUCUGCAAUGCGGUCUAUGUGCGUCUGAAUUACACACAGCCAUUAUGCGCCUGUCCAUCAAGAUACCGUGAUCCCUGUUCGGCCAGUUUGAAUGAGGACGAUCAGCAUACAACGAAAUUGGUGGGCGACAGCAAGAAGAAGCAGGCCAUAACUUUGGCGAAGACAUGCGAGGCCACAACAGAGAUGCGUGAGUGCAGCUCACCGAAGGACUGGUCUCUAUUGGCGCUGCAGAACAUACGCACCGGCAAGUCACACUAUCUGAUCAUCUGCAGGUGUCCGGAUCACUUCAAAAUGGAGGGACCCAUGGCGCACGAUCAACCCAAGUACGCCAGCGUACCCGGCAUCCGUGUCUUCGGCAUGAUGUGCGUCAAGCCCGGCUACUCGGUGCGCAAGCCAUCCGCACAGCCACCCAAGCGCUAUCAACUACAGAAGCCAUUCUACCGUCCCGGCACGCAAAGCAGCAGCGCCUACAUCAACGUGCCACAAUACGGCGCUAAAGACACCUAUGGCCGGCCGAGCUCAUCAUCAUCAUCAUCGUACGCCGCCGCAGCGGCCAGCAGCAACAACAAUUACCAUCCGGACAAUAGCUUUGGCAACCAACACGUCCAAAACGGCGGCUAUCAGUACUUGAACCGGCCGGACAGUAGCAGCAGCAACAUUAACCCACAUCAAGCAGCCAUUAAUGUCGGCAACUAUCGACCGGACACACUCACCUCGAUCAACAACUUCCCAUCGGGCAUCUAUGGACGCAACAACGAACGCAAAGGAGAGACCCCAAUCGAAGCGGCCAAAGACGAGGACAAAUCGGUGAAUACGAGCACACAGCAGUCUGCAGAGACGGCAGCUGCUGCCGCCAACGCCAGCGGCAUCGAGGAGACAACGUCGAGCGCUGAUUUGGCAGCAGCUGCGUCACAGCAGCAAAGCGAGGAGUUGGCACAGUUGCGCGCCAAGCGUUCGGUGAACGAUAUAGCGGCCAACGAUUGGGACGAUGAUACACCUGACUUCCCAUGGGAUCGCGUUUUGGAGUUCCAGCAGACGAUCGUUUGGGAUUAAGUUGAACGUACGUAAGGUACAUAGGGUGAAUGGUGAGGACGUGGCGUAUGAGUAAUUAUUUUUAUUUUAAAUUUUAGUAUAGAAAGGGUCGAGAGUGAGCUCGAGUUCAGUGGUAGAAGCAGGAAUAACGCAAAAAAAAAAAUACUUUUAAUUGAUAAAAAUAAUAUUAUAUAAAUGCCGAGACGUUAAAUAAAAGUAUAUUGUAGGAGCCGGCAGUUCUAAGCGGCGUUCAAGUUUUGUAAAACAAAACUUUAAAGUUAAAGAGGCGAGUUUUAUAGAGAAAUUACUUAAUCAAACGAUUACUGUGACUGAAUGAAAAAUAAGAAAAUUAAAAAUUACAAAAAAAAAAACAU